ACGCGGACUGUCAAUCAAUCAGCGACCAGGCGCUGGAUAUAUAUAACGGUGACCAAAAUAGUAAAGAUGGCUAAAAAGCGAUACAUUCGCGGCUAGCGGGCAUAAUAAGGACGUAUAGUGAGGAAAAUUUGCACGUUUACUGAGUACAAGAUGUUCUCAUAAUGCUUUAAAUGAAAAUAAUAUACGCUGUUUCAUGAAGACAACCUGUCAGUGUCUCUGAUGCCAUCAUGGAAGGAGGUCAUUAUGUCACCAUUCAUGGCCAAAACAUUACCCACAAUCCUCUGUCAGCGCCGGCCAUGUCCAUCGACAGACUGUUCCCGGCGCUGCUCGAGUGUUUCGGCAUCAUUCUGUGUGGCUACGUGGCAGGUCGCAGUGAGAUCAUCAGCGUGGGACAGGCCAGGAGCCUGGGCAGCUUCGUGUCAUGCUUUGCGCUUCCGGCGCUGCUCUUUAGGAACAUGGUGCAGCUCCAGUUCAGCGACGUGGUCUGGUCGUUCCUGUGGAGCGUGCUGAUCGCCAAGGUGUGUGUGUUUCUGCUGGUGUGUGUCCUCACGCUGCUGGUGGCGGGUCCGGAGGGUAGGUUUGGGAAAGCGGGGUUGUUUGCCAUCUUCGCCACGCAGAGUAAUGACUUUGCACUGGGAUAUCCGAUAGUGGAUGCUCUGUACCGUAGUUCUCACCCUGACUAUACACAGUACCUGUAUUUGGUGGCUCCGGUGUCUCUGAUGCUGCUGAAUCCGGUGGGCUUCGCUCUGUGUGAGCUCCAGCGUUGGAGGCAAAGCCCAGACCACAACCACAGCAAGCUGCACAUCGUCUCUACUGUCCUUCUACGUGUGGUUAUGAAUCCGAUCGUGUUCAUGGUUCUUAUCGGGAUUGUCUCUCACUUCCUGUUUGGUGGGCGUGUCCCGCUGUUGCUAGGGGAGUUUGUGGAUGGAUUGGCAGACUCGUUCGGAGGGGCGGCGCUCUUUUACCUGGGCUUGACGAUGGUGGGGCAGAUGGGUAGAGUUACCCGCUCAACAGGGGUCACCCUCAUUUUACUCCUCACGGCUAAACUUCUGUUGAUGCCGUUGAUAUGUAAAGACAUGUUGGAGCUGUUGGACGCAGGCAACUCCAGUUCUGUGAACCACACUAGUCUGUCGGACUACGCCUUCCUGUACGGCAUCUUCCCCACUGCACCCAGCGUGGCCAUUUACGCCAGUCAGUAUAACAUGCAGCUGGAGGUGGUGACCUCCGGUAUGGUUAUCAGCACGUUACUGUCUGCGCCCAUCAUGUACCUUUCGGCGUGGUUACUCUCCAUCCCCUGGAUGGAGGCAACGCACCUGAUCUCCGAGCUGCAGGAUGUCAGCUUUAACAUCAGCAUCAUCAGCAUCAUCGCACUGGUGUGGACCGUUGCCGUCAUGGUGCUCAGCAAGAAGUUCAAGAGGUUGCCUCAUAUGUUCACAACAAACCUUUUCCUCGCUCAGCUCUUGGUGUGUGUGUCGAUGAGCUUGUGGAAGUUUGUGGUUCAGCAGGAGAAUGUACUGGGACAGAUCCUCACUUUCAUAUUCCUCUAUGGAGCUCUGUAUAGCACCUACGUUUGGACAGGUUUGUUGGCGUUCUCUCUCGCUCUGCUGAAGAAGAACGAACAGCUCAAAGUUCCACCCGUCGUCUUUAUCCUCCUUGGCUGGGGGCUGCCGUUUCUGAUUGUGGGCUUGUUGCUUGCGGCUGGUGAGAGAGUGAGCGACACCGCUGACGCCGCUUUCUUCUACGGCAAGUGGCAGAUCAUCAGCAGCGCUGUGGUUUUAAGCUGUAGCAUCCUUCUUGGCGGAGUGUCUCUGAUGGGCCUCAGUCAGGGUUCUCAGGAAGAGCAGAAUUAUCAGAUCCUGGAGCAGAGCUCGAUGCUGGGCACCACAGAGGACGUCAGAAUCCCGGCUCGCCCCGAGGAUCACGGCUCAGCCGAGUUCACGCCAUCACACAGCAGUACGAACAGAGGUCAGAAUGACCUCAUGCUUGAUACAAGAGCAGACCGUCUGAGCGACACACCAGCACCACCAACAGGCAAGAUUAAUACAUUAACUGUAGAUUCUCCAUCAGGUGUAGCACUGACUGAAGCAUCCACUUGCGCUCGUGUGCAGGAGGAGAGACAGGUGACACGUCAUGUACUACUCUGUCUGCUGCUCAUUGUCAGUCUGCUCGCAAACCUGUCCAGCUGCCUCUGGUGGCUUUUAAACAGCGAUCCUGGACGGCUUUACCUUGAGCUGCAGUUCUUCUGUGCUGUGGCCAAUUAUGGACAGGGUUUAAUAUCUUUCGGGAUGUUCGGGCUGGAUGAGCAUCUCAUCAUUUUACCGUUUAAAAAGAGGCUGGCAGCACUGUUGGGUGGAGGGCAGGAAACUAGUAGAGCUCCAUCCACCGUUCCUGAAGAGAUACGGCUGACUUGCACGCAGUUCGUCCGCUACCAUAAAAAUCAGUGUGUGCAGGACAUUGUACACAAGAGAAGGUGUGCUGCUGGUUGCUUCCUGGGCAGUGAGCUUGUCGAUUGGCUACUGCGUGUAGGCGUGGUCAGAGACAGAGGCACCGCCUUGUUGUAUGGGGCUUGGCUGCAGGAGGGCGGAGUCAUUGAACAAGUCACGUGUCAGAUUUGUUUCUGUGACAACGCGCAGUUGUGUCGUUUCUCAGAUGAAGCAACCGGGACGCCACCACAUGCAGUGUGACAUAUUCAACUGAAUUGUUUCUUCUUCCAACAGAAAUUCUGUUCUUUUGCAUGGUGUGCCAAAGGUAAAGGAGAAUCCACACUCCUUUUAUUAAUAAACCUUUCAGGAUUUUUUGACAGCAGUGUUCGGUGAUGCCAUUGUGUUAGCAUGAAAAUGUUUUGUAAAAAAAAAAAAAAAAAAAGACACAAAUGGUGUUCAAUAAAUUUCCUUUACUCGAGUUCAGGUGAUGGUUAAGGCAAACGUCCUGCAAUUUUGGGUGCCACUGAAUUUGCUGUGUGGCAGAAAUUGAUGAUGAACAUGUAAUACAUAGUCAUGUUUAAUAAUGAGUGACAGUCUCCUGACCAUAUAGAAUUAUGUGACGUUUGAGAUCAAGUCUGAAACCGUACUGGCCGUCUGAUUGUAUAAAACUCUGAGUUUUCCAAACUUAAUGUCAUGCAUCAUAGCACGAAAUUCAUGCAAAAUAUGAUUCUCAGUAUGUGCACACUUACUUUGAAAAACCUGCAGGUAUGUGACAUUAGAAAAUGUCUGAUACGGUGCUCUCUUUCUGAUUAAAUGUUACAGAUCUGAGAUUUUGUUGUGUUUAUAUGCAGUACAAAUGCAGUAGGUUUGUAUACUUAAAUGAGGAAGUAUGCAAUUUGAAUUUUGGAUUUGUAAUCAUGGGGUACUUUUUGAUACUUCGUCUCAUCAGGGUUGUUUUCUGUAUGCUACAGUUGAAAUUCUCAGUGCUGAAAAAAAUGUGAUGAAAAGACACUGAUCUAUUGUGUUACUGUGAUUGAUCUGUUCAUAAAAUGGCUGCUUCCCUACUGUCCAACUUUCACUUAUCUGAUUUUGCACGCGUUCAGUGCUGUAAAAACUGUUGUUCAUGAACAUUUAAGCAAUUAUAUCAAUUUUGUGAUAUAAAUAUGCACCCAGGUAUAAGAUUAUGUGAACUGGAGAAAAAAGCCUCUUCCAGAAUCUGUGAACGUUCUUGUUCAUGUAUAACCAGGUGUUUCUUAAAUUAUGCAAUAAAUGUGCAACAUUA